AUGUAUACUCUUUCUAUUCUGUCUUUACUCUUCACAGUUGCAACCUGUGUCUAUGCCCAAUCUUCUUCUUCUACCCCUACGAUCGCUCCGAGUGAUGAUUGCUCUUGUGGAUAUUAUGAUAUAGUGACUGGAAACCUUUUUACGGAAUCCCUGAUUACUUAUUUUAAUGAGACCGAUACUCUUUCGGACGAGUUUAUACUUCAGUCCUAUGAAAACAAGUACGAGAAGGAUUACAACAGCAUAUUUCGACAAGGUUCUAAUCCUGUGAACAUCAAUCUUCUCAACAUUUCAUCAGUUGUAUCCAACAACCAUGAUUCUACAUCUCAAGUUCUGUCUAAACCACGUUCUUCACGAGAUACGUCGUCAAACUCUACUCGUGGGGCCAGCCCGACAACAACCAGUGGAGAGGGUGGCGACUCUUCAAUUGCCAAUGAUACAGCCUCACUGUUCUCUCCAUCUGGUAGAUCCUUCACUUCGUCCCUAAAAUUGUCUGUCGACCCACCAGAUAAGAAUCACUUAGUCACUGGUGGUGGUAUCAAGACUGUGAGACAGGAUAUAAAAUAUGGUUCCGCACGGGCAUAUCUUCGCCCCUCAAGUCAGGGAGUUGGAGGAACUUCGCUCUCGAUGAUGUUCCGCUACAACGAAUCAGAGUCUAUGGAAAUGAAUAUCAUGAAUACCAACCAAAAUUCAACUGCUUGGGUUACGAGCUUGAUUCAUUCGGAAUUUCCAAAUCCAUCGUUGGGCACAAACUUCAGUUUUUUUGCCGAGAAGAAUAUCUCUCUAUAUGAUUACAACGAAUUUCGACUGGAUUGGACAAAGAACGAAGUUCAUUGGUACAUUGGAAAUGUUCUUGUCCGAUCAAUUUUCAAGGAGAAUGGCUCUGUGCCAUCUACCCCCUCCCCAUUCUUUAUCAAGCAUUGGUCUACAGGAAAUCCAUAUUCUAUGCAAGGUCCACCCAUCUCUAUCUCCGAUGCGAACAUUGGGUGGGUUCGACUAUUCUUCAAUUCUUCAUUAAUGAAUUCUACGCAUCAUGCAAAUUUUAAUGCGCGAUGUAAUCUCAAAGUCGCAUGUUCAAUGGACAACACUACUUUACGCGGCUCCUCGCCCUUCUCAUCAGCCGCUCUAAGUCCUUGGGAACACCGUGUUGCUCAUGGUACACUUCGAUGGGUAGCGAUUUGGUUCAGCGUUGGCUGUAUGUUCGCAACUUUGACAGCUUUAGCGAACGCUUUCCUUAGACUCAAAGUCUUCAAGAAAGCAGAAGAAAAACUCUCAAAUCCUACGGAGGAUAAUACUAGUGUGAAGAGCCCACCUUCCCCGCCCUACGCCUAUUCUAGAAAUGCAAGCUUGACACCGGCCCCAUCCUAUCGGACAAGGAUCGAAUCCUAUAAUUCAGGGACAUCGACUUUAGUGUCUUCAUUCAAUUUCUCGACCGCAAGUCAUUCAGGUGAACGAGGCUUAAGUGGUAUUGGGUCUAUUGAUCAAAUAUACAGCAAAGUCGAUCACGAGUGGAAUAUCCGCAGCAGUGGUUCAGGCGACAACAGUGACAACGCAAUGUGUAUCAACGAGUUACCUCCUAGCUUAUCCCCCUCAUUACCAAACUCGCCAAAUUCUAGUCGAUUUGAUAUUGAUAUCAAAGACAAGUCUAAACGAGCCUCGGGGCUUAACAACACUACCGUUGCGGAUACACUAGAUCAUAUAACUCUCGAUAUUGAAUCCAACGCUAUAAUUCAGCGGCACCAGACAGAUAGCCAAUCUCGCCUAGAUGGGAAGGAUAUCACAAAUAAAUUCCCCACAUCGGCAUUCUCAACACAUGAAAGUGCAUCUCCAAUUGAAACAAGCCAAAGAGUCGACCACUUAGCAGGACUCAUCACCGUUGCAGCGAUAAAUGUAACUGUUCUUCAUUUUUGCCUGACUUUCGUACCGGCCGUCAUUGCCCCUGGUGCUUUUGCCCACUAUUCUGCCGAAAUAUGGAUCAACAAAACUAUUGUACCUUUCUUUCUCAAUCAAGGAGCCCUUGGUCUUUUCUUCACCACCUCUGCACGAUUCCUCGUUACUCCUUUUCUGCACGAUGGAGACCUAUCUUCUAUAGCUUCGAAGAUAGUCACUCGGGUCUUCCAAAUCAUGUUACCAGUUCUUACAUUCGUCCUUCUAGAAUACUUUCUCAUUCUCUCAGGAGCAACCUACUAUCUUCCUUUCUUGCCAUCGAUUACCUGGAGUACCUGGCCUUAUGUGAUUCCAUUUCCUCAUAUCGGAUAUCUUCUCAAUGAAGUCAUCGCACUCGCUUAUACAAUCCCAAACGCAGUCCCUCUCAUAACUUUCAACUACUGCACUGGCGUUCUCUGGACUAUUCCCGUAAUCAUCCAAGGAUCAUGGACUACGCUUCUUGCCAUUCUUCUUAUAACCUCUGUUCCGAACCCGAAGAAACGUUUCCCCUUCUAUGUGUUCUCGCUAUUGAUCAAUUGGUACUCACUCUCCUGGUCUUCGUUCUUCUGGGUCGGCAUUCUACUUACCGAUCUCGAAAUUACAUACCACAUGCCAAGAUACCUGCACAAACAUCCUCUAAUCUAUUACCCUAUGAUUUUUAUCCUCACGAUUCUCGCUCUUCUAGCUCUUAGUGCAGAUACCUUCAACCAAUGGCUCAAUUACAGCAUCAUAGCUAAAGAAACACUCAUUCAUCCUGACCCAAGCACGGGUCUUCCAGCUACUAUCACUCACAACUCCGGAUAUCCUGGUUAUCCGGGCUACUGGGUACCUCAUUUCAACGGUCUCAUAUUCUGUACCGCCAUUCAAUGCCUUGCAUCGAUAUCUCCCUUAGUCCAGUCAUUUCUUUCUGCAAAACACCUCAUGCUAUUAUUCCCACAUGUUUUCAGCAUGUAUCUGUUCCAUGGUAUGAUCUUCUGGUCUCUUGGUGCUUGGGUCUGUCUUACUCUUAACAACAUCCUACCGUACUGGGCAGUGUUAAUUGUAACUGCCGUCGUAUGUUACACAGUCUUGUUUUUAUCAUUGCCUAUGUUAUCGUUAAUAGCAGGAUUAUUUGGAAAAGGACUAGCGGGCGAUAUCAAGAGGGACUCUCGAGAAGAGCCAUUGAAGGGGCGGCCAACGUUAACACCGUUUGGAAGAGAUUGGUUGAAUCGGAAUGGGAUGAUUGACGGUAUUCCUGUAGUUGGUGGUGAGGCAUCGACUGAAGAUAAAAAGGUUGAAAGAAUAGAUGCAGGGCAGAAGAAAAUGACUCAAGUGGAGAUCCGGGUUAUCGAGUGCGGCGAGGAAGUUGGUGGAGAUUGCAAUGUUCGUUCUGCCAACAAGGUGGACAGGCUUGGCUCUGCCGAUGGCGAAGCGGGUGAUCAAAUCAGUAAGGCUUGA